GUUAACCUCUUCUGAGUCGCCGGACAGCCUUCCGGGUGCUGAUUGGUCAGUUCAGUUUUAGCAGCGCAGUACAUGGGGAUCUUGCCAAGCAUCGAGGAGGGAGGGGAUAUUUUAAUGGCCGUCAGUAGCACUUGAAAAUGCAAAAACUCCGAAUUAUCCUUUGUAUUUAGAAUAGGGUAGCUUCGGUUGUGUUUAAGUCGCUUUGUUUUGGUAAAGAGCAUUGAUUCGGAAACAUACUUGGGUUAGAUAUGUGUUUCUAGUGCUGUUUGUAUUCACUGAAAGGACUUUACCAGCUUAAUUUGUGCGUGAGUGGGUGAUCACUUAUCAGGCCUAGCCGGCUGGCUAGAAAACAAGCGGACGGUUAGCUAGUCGCUGGAGUUGAACGGGAAUAUGUAACAUAAAGCUGCCAAAAUGACAUCCAGAUUUGGUAAAACAUACAACCGCAAGGGAGGAGAGGCUAAUUCAAAAUUUGAAGAAGUCUUUUCCAAUAAAAAGCCCACUCUCACCACCAAAUGGGGAGAGACCACCUACAAGGCUCAGCUAGGAGCCAAAAGGCCGAUGUUAAAAGCUGAUGUCUCUGAAGCCCCAAAGAGGCCCAGGCUUGAAGACAGUGAUAGUGAAGAAGACCCAUUUGGUUUCGACAGUGAUGAGGAGUCCAAAACCGUGACCUCUCACAAUGAGUCUGAGGUGAAAACCACAGAAGGGGACAUAAUGCCGACGAAAGCAGCACAAAGUAGAGCAACACUUUCUGCUGUGACUGCACAGGGUUCCUCAAGUGUUAAAGCCACACUCACAAGUAAACAAGCCUCAGGGGAGAAGGAUGUUAAAAACAACCAGCCCUGGUACAAAAAUGCACCAGAUGGCAAUCAAAAACCUGCAUGUGUGACCUCUCUCUCAGACGCAGUCCAUUCUGCUAAUCAGAACUUCUCAGUCUCUCAGAAGCCCGUUUCAUCCUCCAUUUAUUUAGACCCCUCCCUUCAACUGUCUGUUGAUGAAACAGUAGAUGACGGAGAGCUCCAAUCUGCUUCCUCUUACGAUGGAUUUUCAUCAGAGGAAAUGAAGUGUGAGGGACAGGAGCUUUCUACAGAGACUCCACCACAACCAGUGGACAACAUUCCCCCGUCACCAUUUACCCUCAGGUCAUCAAACUGCAAGAAAUACCAGCGGCCUAACCGGCUGAACAAAGCCCUAUUUGAAACUGCUGAAAACAACGGCCAGAAGCCCACUGACACAGCGAGUGCCCAAGACAAACCCAACAGUGCCCUUUCUGCUGGUGCAAGUAGUACUGCUGCCAGUGCUAAAACAGCAGCCAAGCCUGCGGGCAGGGGUGGUGGGAGGGUGCGGGACUACACUGUUCUGCACCCCUCCUGUCUGUCAGUAUGCAAUGUCACUAUUCAGGACUCAAUAGAGCGGAGCGUUGAUGAACUGGUAACCCCGGCGACUCCAGCUGACCUUGGAGACACUGGGCAGAUGAAGAAAAAGUCCGAUGCACAGCCAUCCAAACCAACCAGACCAACGCAGACAAAGACAAGGAAGACUAAAGCAGAGACAAAGUUAGAGUUCUUUGGCUUUGAAGAUAAAGACGGUGAGGAUGAUGAAGAGGGCUCAGAGGUUGGUAUGGCAGGCAAGAGCAGCUACAAGAUCAAGUACUUUGGCUUUGAUGACCUGAGUGAAAGUGACAGCGAUGAAGAGAGCUCUCAGGCCAAAGAGAAGAAGGCCAAAAAGGCAGCCGCAGCUUUAGCCGCUCUAAGCUCCAGCGUGGACAGUCCGCAUACCAGCGACUCGCAGGACAGUCAGGCCAGCAGCAAUACAGAUGCUUUUGAAUUCUCUGAAGACUACAGUCCUGGUGGCACUGAAGGACAAAAAGGGCGAGCUGGCAAGCAGAGUGACAAAUCCAAGGACAUUAUUAGUGGAUUUAAAAAGAUUUUCAGUGGGCCCAAAAAGUCCCCCUCUAAAGCUGUAUACAAUGCUCGCCACUGGAACCAACCUGAGCCCGAGGAGAUUCCUGCACCUCCACUGUCUCGAUCUCAAACUGCUCCGGCCGUACUAUCGAGUAGCAGCAAGGACAGCAACUCCCACAAAGACGACGGCUUGUUCAAAGCCCCCCCGCCACCACCCAAAGUCAUUAAAUCAGAAACCAUGCCCACACGUCCCCACCAGGAUAUUGUUACAGCACUCAAAUGUAGAAAGGAACACAAAGAGUUAUACACAGUGGUGCAGCAUGUGAAGCACUUCAAUGACGUGGUCGAGUUUGGAGAGAAUCAAGAGUUCACUGACGACUUUGAGUACCUGGAGACAGGACUGAAGAGCAGUCAGCCACUUAACACGAGAUGCCUUAGUAUAAUCAGCCUGGCAGCACGAUGUGCCAUGCCUAGUUUUAGGAUGCACCUCCGGGCCAGAGGAAAAGUGGCGCAGGUCUUCAAAAUGCUCAGUGAUGCUCCACAACAUCCAAACCUGGCUCUGUGCACAGCUGCCCUGAUGUACAUCCUGAGCCGGGAUCGUCUUAACAUGGACCUGGACAGGGCAUGUCUGGAGCUGAUGAUAAAGCUGCUGGAACUCGACCAGGAGUACUGCGCUCACCAGGAUCAGCUCACUGCGAAGGAAGUAGCCAAGGUCAAGGAGAAGAUCAGGAAGUUGUGCGAGACUGUCCACAACAAGCACCUCGACUUGGAGAACAUUACGACGGGCCACCUCGCCAUGGAAACGUUGCUCUCCUUGACUUCAAAGAGGGCCGGGGAUUGGUUCAAAGAAGAGCUGCGGCUGUUAGGAGGCCUGGACCAUAUUGUGGACAAAGUGAAAGAGUGUGUCGAGAACCUGAGCCAGGAGGAUGAUAAAGAAAACCUUGUUGCAGCUUUGUGGGGAGCUGAGAGGUGUCUGCGCGUGCUGGAAAGUGUGACAGUACAAAACCCCGAAAACCAGGCUUACCUGAUUGCCUACAAGGAGUCACAGCUCAUUAUCUCUUCUGCCAGAGCUUUGCGGUACUGUGAGGACAUGAUUCAGCGCUACAGCAGGGCGUUAAACAACAGCUCACUGUCAUCGACGGGUGUCACGCUGCCCCACUGCAGCUUCAGCAACGUGGGCAAGGCUGUGGAGGACUGUAUGAGAGCCAUUAUAGGGGUGCUGCUCAACCUUACCCACGAUAAUGAGUGGGGCAGCACCAAGACGGGCGAGCAGGAGCAGCUCAUUGUCACUGCUCUCAAUUGUGUUUUACGAGUCCCGCGGUACAUCCCACAGGAGCAGCGCUUUGAUGUGCGAGUGCUGGGUUUGGGCCUACUAAUUAACCUUGUGGAGUACAGCUCCAGAAACCGACACUGUCUAGUUGAAAUGGAGUACACUGUGGACGACACCUGUUUGGAAGACAGCCUGAUGCAGCCUGCUGACCCAACGCAGGCAGAGACCGCAGCACACUCAUCUGAGACUCAGGGAGACGAGGCUGACAAGCCUAAGCCCUCUGGAGCUUUGGCUGCCCUAGUAAAGCUCUUCCUUGAGAGGGAGCGAGCUGCCAUCCUGGCUGAGGCGAAGACAGAUGACCUCAUCAGUGAGGCCCCCAAGCCGGCGCUGGACCAGAGCGGAGAGUGGCAGGAGACAUCAGGAGAGAUCCAGUGGGUGGCAUCUGAAACCAACGAAAGCCAACCCGAAAAGAAAGAGGAAGAGGACGAAGAGUUGGACCUAAAUAAGGCUCUCCAACAUGCAGGCAAACACAUGGAGGACAGCAUCGCGGCUUCCUACACGGCUCUGUUACUGGGCUGCCUCUGCCAGGGCAGCCAGAUGAAUGUGACGACUGUGAGAGAGCAUCUGCCUAAAGGGGAUUUCUCCAUCAUGACAGAAAUGCUGAAGAAGUUCUUGAGUUUCAUGAAUCUCACUUGUGCAAUGGGCACUACAGGACAGAAGUCCAUCUCACGGGUCAUCGAUUAUCUGGAGCACUGUUAACACGCAGCGUACCACAGAAAACUCCCUGCACAUUUUAAAGGACUCGGGCUACUGUGGCCAUCCACCUACCCAGAGGGAGCGACAAGGGGACAUCAGAGUUGCUCUACCUUGACUUUAUUCGAUCCCUCUGAUCUCACAGAUUAAUGCAUAUGUGUGUAUAAACGCACAAAUAGAAAAAAUUCUCUCCCUAUCUGGAGCACAGCCUGAACCAAAGCCCUGCUAGCUGACAGUCAUGCAGAUUUUAUUCCGUUUUUUUCCCCCUACAACUUCUGCUCAAGUAACGCAUUUAAAGUCAAAUCCAGAUUCUUCCUCCAAUGGGAACAGGCAGAUUCUGCCUAAAUAAUUCUGCAGAAUGUCAGAUAAGAUGGACUCAAAGCAGACCUCUCUGUUCAUCGUUCCAACAGCUUUGACAACAGGCCACUGAGGAGGAGACUCCUCUCGGCUGUCAGGUGUUGAUUUCUGGUUGCGUAGCUGGAGUGUGAACCUCCAAAUCAGAUUUUAUGGAUCAUUACAUUUUAAUCUCUUCUUAUAAACGUCCAAGCCAAGGGUGAAAUCAUUGAUCUGCCGGAAAAUCAAUCAUUUUAAUGGAUGUUAGAAUGAUGAGUAUAUGUAAACCCUGAAGUGAUUCUGAAUGCAUACAUCCAUUUACCCUCAUGUUCACUGAUCGAAUGUUUAAGGGAAAGAGAAUUUUUAAGCUUUUAUUUUUAUGUUUUUAUUGUUCUCAUUUAAAAAAAAAAAAAUCUUUAUUUUUCUGAAUGUUUUAGCUCUCUUAAUUCCAAAAGAGCAUUUUCCUUUAAAAUUCUGAAUCCCUGUUUUAGAAAUCAGGAUUGCAUGACACACUGACUAUGCUGGGAUGUCUUAUGUGACUGAGAAUGGCACUUGGAAAUGACAUGCUAUGAUGAAUUUCUUUUGAAAGACCUUGUCACUCAUAUUUGUUUUAUUUUUUUUUAGUUUUAGAUAAUUUAAAUUUAGAUAAUUGAAUAGUUUGUAAGUACUAUAUGCAUUUUAAACUUACAGUUAUAGCACAUAUGAAUCACCAUGAUGGCUGUGCUUCGCUUUUACAUUGUAAUGAAUAACUUUUGAAAAUGUAUUUAAUUUAAUGUGUUUUCCUUCCGUUGUGUAAAUGCUAAAUCUACCCUGUGAGAUGUCAUCUUGUUUUAAUAUAAUCAAACCCAUUACACAGUGCUCAGUGGCUGGACUUGGUUGUAUGACUGAAUUUUCUUUUUUUUUUUUUUACUUUGAAAGGCACAACAGUUAUUCAAAAAACAUUCAGUAAAACGGGAGGAAUGGUUUUCUAGUUAAACUUAAUUGAAGUAUGGUUUGCUCUGUGUGUCCAGCCACAUGCAGCUUUGUGUUUUUCCGCGUUGGACUACAUGCAUUAAGCUCCCGCGUAUUUAUUCUGCUGUGGUCUCAUUUUACCUGUGAUUAUGCACCUGACCUCUGAAAAGCCUCCGUCGUGUACUGCUCACAUGUACGAUCACUGAACUGAACGACAGCCAUACCUGUACAAACAUCAGUUCUUUCUGGUUUGUAGGGCUGCAGUGAACAUAACUGCUACUGUGUUUACUGUUAAUUACUUUGCAGAAUUUUGGUCUCAAUGGACUCUCAGAAUGUAAAUACUCCUGUACAUAGCAGUUAAUGGACAUUUAAAUAUUUAGACUGCUUUUUUGCCCCCACUGAAGCUGAUAUUUUUAUUUUAUACAAUAUUUCUGAGUUGUUCCAAGAAACAAAAGUUGCAGGAAGAGGAAACAAAAUGUUUGUACUUGUUUCAAGGACAUUGUCUCUGGUUACAUGUAAAUAGUUGUAUCUCAAACGGGAAAAAAAUUGCUACUUUCAGUACACUCCCUGUGUGUUUUCCUUCUUUUUUUUCUUUCUUAAAUUUUUGUAGUUUAAAGUGUUUU